AUGUUAUCGUUGGUCAUAUUUUUUUAUCUAUCUAUCUAUCUAUCUAUCUAUCUAUCUAUCUCUCAGUACUUCUUGCGUCUGUGUAAGGUUCUUCCUGCAUCUAUGCAAGGUUAUUCCUGCAUCUAUGCCAGGUUCCUCACGGGUCUAAGCCAGGUUCCUCCUGCGUCUAUGCAAGAUUCUUCACGCGUCUACGCCUUGCUCUUCAUGCGUCCAGCCAAGGUUCUUCCUGCGUCUAUUUCUUCCUGCAUCUAUGCAAGGUUCUUCCUGCAUCUAAACCAGGUGCUUCCCUCGUCUAAGUCAAGUUCUUCCUGCGUCUAUGCAAGAUUAUUCCUGCGUUUAUGCCCGGUUAUUGCUGUGUCCAACCAAGAUAUUUUUUGCGUCUAUGCAAUGUUCUUCCUAUCAAAGUUCUUCCUUUAUUUAUGCAAUGAUCUUUCAGCGUCUAUGGAAGGUACUACCUGCGUAUCUACUAGUCUCUUCCUGCAUCUAGAUUUUUUCAGGCGCCCCUGCCAGAUUCUUCCCUCGUCUAAAACCAUUACCUGUGCCUUUUCUAGAUUCUACAUCUAUGCGGGGUACUUCAUGCGUCUAUGCCAGGUUCUACGCGGUAUUAUUCCAGAUUCUUCCUGUGUCUAUGCAUCUUUCUUCCUGCGUCUUUGCCAGAUUCUUCCUGUGUCAAUGAAAGGUUCUUAUUGA